GCCAGGAGGCGGCGAGCGAGCGGGGAGCGCAGCUGCGGGCGUGGGGACGGCAGUAGCCGCGGAACCGGCGCUGGAGAGCGGUACUGCCGGGAGCGGCGGGCCGAGACAAAGGCGGCGACGACUAUCUGCUGUCUUGGCCUCAGGUUACAACAGCCAUUUUACAUCUUCCUGCUGAUUCAGAAAGAUUCUCUGUGGAAGAAGAAGCAAAGAAAGACUGACACUUCCUUUAACUUGACUGUCUAAAGUACAAGAAUACGACCCCAGUGAAAUAUAGUUAUUAUUUUGAUUGGACCCUCAUCAUACUGAGGAUCACUGUGGAGCUUCCUGAAUUGAGAGCUGGAACCUUCGUUGGUGCUCACUGCUGCCUUGGACUGUAAGCAUGAGUGAAUUCUGGUUGUGUUUCAACUGCUGCAUCGCAGAGCAGCCUCAGCCUAAACGGCGACGGCGGAUUGACCGGAGUAUGAUCGGAGAGCCCACAAACUUUGUGCACACUGCUCAUGUGGGAUCCGGAGACCUGUUCAGUGGGAUGAAUUCCGUUAGCUCCAUUCAGAACCAGAUGCAAUCCAAGGGGGGCUAUGGGGGCGGCAUGUCUGCCAACGUGCAGAUGCAGCUGGUGGACACGAAGGCGGGAUAGCCCUGGGACAGCCCUGGUCCCUCCGGUCAUUGUGAAUUUCUGUAUUAUCUCUGUCCACUGUUCUAUAAUUUUUUUUUGUUUUGUGAUUGCAUUUCUUUUAUUUUUAAUGAUAAAAGAGAAGUGUGACGGCAGCCGUUCCCCUUGUGAUUCUCCAGUGAGCCGUGACUGUUCUGUCCCGAAGAAGACGCCGCCCGGCGAACCCCGCACCUCCUUCAACGGCAUGCAUGCCUUUGGACUCUGGACAGAGUUCUUUGGAUCGUAGCUGAAUUCUCAAUGUUGAAUCAACGUGGAUCUGAUCUUAGCAUGAUCUUUUUUGUGAAUGCUACCAUCGUUUUGCAGUUUUCCCAUUUAAAACCUUUUCUUUCUGCCUCUCGCCCUCUGCCUUAGGAUUUCACUGGUGAGCAAUGGCCUGUGACUGGUGGUUCACUUGUCACCAGGUGUAUAUAUUUGGGAAGGUUAUGAGACCCACAAGCACAAUGAUGAUUUUCUUUGUUGGAGACGUCCGCAGGUUAGCUAUCGGUGUGCUUUCUGCAGUUGCUGCAGCGGGGCCGUGUGGGCCUGCGCUGUGUGUGUGUGUGUGUGUGGGGGGGGACGCUGCCCAUCCUGCUGCUAGGAGAGAGAAUCUAGCUGUGCCACCGAGGCAGCCAGCUCAUAGAAGACAACUCUGUAGCUUCUGUAGAAGUCUAGCUUUUUGAUUAGAGCGGCAGUGAGAGGAAGCUUGCAUUCAUAAGGCAUCACUUGGCUGUUCAUGGUGAGUGUAUUUAUUUGGAGAGCAAGGGCCUGUGGCGUGGACAGGCGUGGUUGUGUAUCUGAGUGUCUGCCGAAGUGCGCGUUGUCUGAUUCCGAGCAUAGUCCUCCUUCGUGUACUUGCUCUCUUGUUUUACGUGUUUCAUGGUUGACAUUUUGGCAUCCGGUUGUUUCUGCAAGUGGCCCGUUGGGCCUCUGGCCUGACUUUGCGCCAGCAGUCGUUGGACUCGGCCGGGGACGUUGCCGAGAACAUGGCGGGGACCUGCCAUGCUGUGCGGUUGAUGGUUUCCUCAAGAGGUCUUUGCUCAGGUUCCAAAGGAUGCUCAUUGUUCCUGAGUUUUGUGUCCUUCAAAUAGUCCUGUAAAUGUUUCUCUUCCCUACUAGAGUGAAAUGUUAAGCCAAAAUGAGCGGUGUAUGUUACUGAAGAGCGGGCCCCGGUGUCCAGUGCAGGCCCGACUUCCUGCUGGGCCGAGCUGCCUGGCGGGCCUGUGUGGACAGGAGAGCUGCCUGCUUCCAGCCCUUUCACUCACCUCCCCCCUUCUUGUGGAGUAAUGGCAAGAAGUGCCAGCUUAGGCGGAAGCGCCCUCCCCAGUUCCUCUGGAUGAGUUCAGUUGGGUGGGGUGCCAGG